AUGCGAGGCUCCGACAUUCUUCUCAUCAUCGUCGCCAUCUUCUUCCCUCCCGCCGCCGCCGCAUUCAUCGCCGGCUGCGGCUGCGAGCUCUGCCUCAACAUCCUCCUCACCUGUCUCGGCUACAUCCCAGGCCACAUCCACGCCUUCUGGCUCAUCUACAAGCGCAUGAAAGCCGAGGAGCAAUACGGCCGCGGCGGCUACAUGUAUCAGGGCUCAGGCAAGUUCGGCCCAUACGGACAGCCCAUGGCUGUCCAAGGCCAGGCACCCGCUGCGUACGGCGCUACCGCUGCCCCUGCUCCUGCUCCUGCCCCUGCUGCCCCGCCGGCGUACUAA